UUAGAGCAUUAGCCACAAAUAACGAUGAAGUCAGCGAUCUAUUUACAAAGCGCUCAAUGAGUUUCAACCGGAAAGAGAUGGUCGAGAAACGUCGGUGCGUAGAGUGCCUCUUUGUGCGGAAACUCUGUAUCUGCGAGCGCAUCGCGGCGAUUUCUAAAAACAUCAGCCAACCAGAUUUGGAUAAUUACAACACCGAGGUGUGGAUAUUCAUGCGCGUCGACGAGUUUGGUAGUACCAGUAACACAGGCAGGCUUCUACCGAUGAUCUUGCCAAAGCAUACCAAACUCUUUAUCUUUGGUAUCAAGGCGCAUGAGAAGGCACUUCUAGAUCACAUAAAAGCCGCCGAAAAUCCGGUGGUGCUUUAUCCGAGCGAGAAUGCCAUGCCAGUUGCAGAGUACGUUGCGAAGCAACAGAGUGAGGCCGCGGCCAAGGCGGGUGUAGAGCAAUCAGAGAACACAUCCGCCAGGAAACGACCUAAGGUUACCAUGAUUGUACUGGAGGGCACAUGGAGCAAGGUGAAGCCCAUGCAACGAUUCAUUCCGAAAGAAGUACCACGCGUAAUCCUCGCACCCGACGCCAUCAACGACAAGCGCAGUGUCCGCAGAGAGUCCCGUAGUGGUGGCUGUGCUACGCUAGAGGCCAUCCUGGCAGGCCUCAGGCAACUGGAAGAACCCCAGUCUAUACUGACCGCCAUAGGCGAUGGUUUUGAUACACUGCUGAACGGGGCUUUGAGACAGGGUAAUCUAAUAGGAGACAAGGGUGAGUUCAGAGGAGUGCACCAUCAACACAUGGCGGACUUCCACGAGGAGAGUCAACGCAAGAAACUGAAACUAUCGAGUGAGACCGAAAGUGUUAGCGAGGCAAAAAGUGCAGAUACACAGACUGCUGAAAUUGCGACCGGAAAUGAAACGGUACCUUCAGAAAGCGUAACAGAGAGCAAACUAGAUGCUGUGCCUGCAGAUACUACGAAGUAAAAAAAUCGUAUGGG